AUGGAAGUGAGUCGACACAAUGGAAAAAAGACUGGUUAUGGAACAAUCGACCCCCAAUCACCAAGCGAUACUUUCCCUCCUCGAUCACCCGAAUCCCAGAUUGGGGCAGCCUACUCUGAAGAUGUAUCGAAAUACGAAUCUUAUCCCGAUGGUGGGAUUAAAUCAUGGCUUGUAGUCUUUGGUUGUUUUUGCGCCUUCUUUUCUGCACUCUCCUUCAUGAACUCAAUUGGCGUAUAUCAUUCCUGGAUAGCUUCACAUCAGUUGCAGGCCGAGGGAGCUGGAAAGAUUGGAUGGAUCUUUGGUUUCUCUAAUUUCUUAACAUUCGUGGCAAGCCUCUUCAUUGGUCCGGUUUUUGAUUCUUGCGGUCCUCGCCCGCUCUCUGCUGUUGGGCCUGUCUUUCUACAGGCCCAAUAUAUCCUUUUAGGCUUUUGCAGGACUUACUGGCAUUUUUUCUUCUGCAUCGGUGUCUUCGGGGGUAUAGGCACCUGUGUUCUAUUCACUUGCGCUAUUGGUACCAUCCAGCACUGGUUCUUCCAUAGACGUGGGCUUGCCAUGGGCCUUGCGAUAUCUGGUGGGAGCGCCAGCGGAAUCCUUCUACCCCUUAUAAUUAGCGGAAUAUUGCCGAAGAUUGGCUUUCAGAAGACAACCCUGACAGUAUCAGUCAUUCUUCUGCCAUUUGAAAUUGCUGCCGUCGUUCUCAUGACAACUCCAACUCUGAGCGCCAAGCAUCGCCAAAGACUGAGCCUGGAUGGUCGAUGGAAAGCCAUGCCUAGUCUUCGAAUCUUACUUGAGCUUCAACCCUUUCUCAUCGCUCUUGGUCUUCUUUUCGGAGAACUCGCUAUGUUCAUCCCGAUGACAUGUUACUUCGUACGCCCUGAGCCAUGA